CCACUUGAUGUUACAACUAUAACAAAACUCUUUCCUUAACAAAUUAAGUAUCUAACAAUAGAGUUGAGACUAACCUAACAAGAAUUCAGAAGUAAUUCUGCUGAUUUGGAAACAGAGGAAAGGUCACUGGAACAUCAUGUCUUAAACAGAAAAUAAAGGGAAGUAUCUCUUCUCAAGAUUUGGGAAUGCGCAUGAUCAAAGUUUAUACUGCUUCACUUGGCUCGCUUGGCAUUAUGCGUUUUUUUGGUGUGUCCUGGCCAUGGAGCAUUGCAGCGGCUCUGGGAAUUUACAUUGGCAGUGGUGGCUGGACGUUCCUCCGGAUCUUCUUUAAGACAGCCUUAAGAGAUCUUUUAGGCCUGUCAGUACUUAUACAGGUAAAAUAUAAAUUGUACUAUCACCGGAAAGCCAAGAGCAAUAUUCCCAAGAUAUUUCAGGAGGUGGUCCGCAGACAUCCAGACAAAGUAGCCUUGAUCUAUGAAGCAACUGAUGACAGAUGGACAUUCCAGCGUUUGGACGAAUAUUCCAAUGCUGUGGCCAACUUCUUCUACCAGCAGGGCUUUUGUGUUGGAGAUGUAGUUGCUAUCUUCAUGGAGAGUCGACCUGAGUUUGUGGGCUUCUGGCUAGGGAUGGCCAAAGUGGGCAUUGAAGCUGCCCUCAUCAACUUCAACUUGCGCCUUGAUUCACUGAUUUACUGCGUGAAAACCUCUGGAGCAAAAGCCAUCAUUUUUGGUGGGGAGCUUUCAGCAGCAAUAUCUGAAGUGAAUGGCUUGCUGGGGAAAAAUAUGGUCAAGUUCUGUUCUGGAGACUUCAGACCUGAAUCUAUCCCUCCGAACACCAAGCACUUGGAUCCCCUUCUGGCUGAAGCCUCCAAAUCUCCUCAAGCUCAAGUUCCAGCCAAGGGAUUAGAUGAUCGGCUGUUCUACAUCUAUACUUCUGGUACAACUGGAAUGCCGAAGGCUGCCAUUGUGGUGCAUAGUAGAUACUUUCGUAUAGCAGCCUUUGGUUAUUAUGCCUACAGAAUGACUCCCCAGGACAUAGUCUAUAAUUGCUUGCCAUUGUACCACUCAGCAGGAAAUAUUAUGGGUGUUGGCCAGUGUGUGAUCCAUGGUCUGACAGUCGUGAUCAGGAAGAAAUUUUCGGCCAGCCGCUUCUGGGAUGACUGUGUGAAAUACAAGUGCACAAUUGUCCAGUAUAUUGGGGAGAUUUGUAGGUAUCUGUUGAACCAGCCAGUACGGGAGGCCGAAAAACAGCAUCAAGUGCGGCUAGCCAUAGGAAAUGGCUUAAGGCCCACCAUAUGGGAAGACUUCACCCAACGCUUCCGAAUUAAACAGAUUGGAGAAUUUUAUGGGGCUACAGAAUGUAAUUGCAGCAUCGCCAAUCUGGAUGGAAAGGUGGGUGCCUGUGGUUUCUGUAGCCGAAUUUUGCCAAAUGUGUAUCCUGUCCGCUUGGUGAAAGUUAAUGAGGAUACUAUGGAAUUGAUACGAGAUGCAAAUGGGCUCGCUGUCUCCUGCCGUCCAGGAGAGCCAGGCCUGCUUGUGGGCCGGAUCAACCAGGAGGACCCCUUGCGUAGGUUUGAUGGCUAUGUCAACGAGAGUGCAACCAACAAGAAGAUAGCCUACAAUGUUUUCCAGAAAGGGGAUCAGGCCUACCUUUCAGGGGAUGUACUAGUGAUGGAUGAGCUUGGCUACAUGUACUUCAAAGACCGGAGUGGGGAUACAUUCCGUUGGCGUGGUGAAAAUGUCUCCACUACAGAGGUUGAGGGAAUCUUGAGCCACAUCCUCAGCAAGACAGAUGUUGCAGUUUAUGGAGUAGAGGUGCCAGGAGUGGAAGGCAAGGCAGGGAUGGCAGCCGUUGCUGAUCCAGAAGCCAAACUGAACCCUAACAUGCUAUAUCUGGAGAUGCGGAAAGUGCUCCCUCCUUACGCGUGGCCCAUCUUCCUUCGACUCUUGCCACAAGUCGAUACCACAGGCACUUUCAAAAUUCAGAAGACCCGGUUGCAACGGGAAGGUUAUAAUCCCCACCAGACAUCUGAUCGGUUAUAUUUCUUGGAUAUAAAACUUGGCAAGUAUGUACCACUGGAUGAAUGUGUAUAUGAGAGGAUCCAGGCUGGAAAGGUCUCUCUUUGAACCUCCAAAGCUGCGGGUGAAGUCUGAUAUUGGAGGGCCUUGCCUUGGAUAGAGAUACAAACUUUGGUAAAUAAGCAAAGCAAGGCUUUUAUCUACAGGGACAAAAAGCAGCUAUGGAGUGGGAGCAGUUUAGCCUUCACAUUUCAAAACAUCACGUUAACCACUGUCUGAGUGAAGAGAGCAGCUCUUUUUUAUCGUUCAGCCGUUAGAAUUAUAUAUUUUCUUCUCUGUAACUAUUGCAUUGGGGACUCCAGAUGAAACAGGAAGAGUUUCUGGCCUUCAUGAAUAUCUUCUGAAACCCUCCGUGUGAUGGAUGUGACUGAGAUUGAUCACAUAGAGCACUGCCAUGUGGGUCGACUGUUUUGAGGCAACUGCAAAAUUGCUAUGGAUGAAGCCUCUAAUUUUUUUUUUGGGGGGGGUGGAAUUUCCAGGUCCAUAAUUUACACAUUUAAAGUCCUUCAGUUGCCAUCGCUGUGAAAUCUGCUCCUGUGUUGGGGGUGGAGGUGUGUGCGUUAAGGGAACCAAUUGACUGUCCAAAUGCAACAUCCUAUUUUUCUGCCAAGACAAGUGGUUGUUUUAAAAACAGGAUUCAUGUUGGUAUAAUACUGUGGGUGUUUUUAAUGGAUAUUUAAUUGCACAGAGAAACAUCAAAGGAAAUGGCUUUGCUUUUGAUGGUCUGUCUGAAGAAGUGUGGUGGUGCUUGAAAGUUUUUACCCAUCUACAGAAUAUGAAUUGGCUCCAUACGUUUUGUCCAUAUGGGGGAAGUCAUGGAUUUAUGCUCUUCUGUGUAUUUAUGUCGGCAUAAAUGCCAAUUCUUGGGCACGAAUGUGAUGUUCUUGCAUAAUGACUUGUUGCCAAUCCAGAACCUCUAGAAACAACUCCAGAGCCCUGGGCCCAAGUGUGGCAACAUUGUUUCAUUUUGCUAAUCCAUCCUGCUCUGUGGAGGAAAUGCAUCAACUGAUGAAAGCCUGUUUGAAACAUACAUACCUUUUGUGUUCAUUUCCUGUGACUGAGGGCAUUUCUUACUCUAGAGUUGUUCAUUACAACAACUGCUGGAGUAGGCAGUAAACUUUCUUUUUUAAAGAGGAUAUAAGGGAGUGUUGAGUCUUUGGAGUGACCAUAUAUUCAAAGAUGCUGGCCAGAAUCCUAUUUUUGAUUUAUGCUUCUGUAAAGGGAAUCAUGUGUCUUGGUGGCAGACUGCCAUUCAUAAAUAAGAUGUCCGUUGCGUCCCUGGACAUAGGCUCACUCACACAAUCAUGUACACACCCAGGAUACGACCAGCAUUUCAUUAACAAGCAUCAAUUUGCCACCAAGAUUUACAUGAUUUCCCUUAAACAAACAUAGGUGGACAAUAGGAUUCUGGGUCCUGCAGUUCUUUGUGAUCAUGUCAGUAUGGAAGAACUAUAUCACUGCUGCAGUAUAGGAAUAUUGUGAUGAAUUUUCAUUGAAUCAAUUCUUCUUUCUUUUUUUUCUUUUCUUUUUAAAAACAUACUAUACUGUUCCAGUUCCUAUCUUUACAUGUCCUUGGCUACUUUAGAUGUGGAGAAUUUGAAUUUAAGCAGUCUUUUUCCUAUUUGAGGGCAAAAGGAACUUUGCAUCAAGAACUUCCACCAGCACUUGUGCAGAACAAUGUUAUGGUGUGUUACUGACUCCACACUUUGUUCAGAAAUGAGUCAGUGUUUCUCUCUUUUUUAUUAGCCCCACAAUGUGCCUUCAUAAGUUCUCAUCAGAAUAAGACAAAGCAGGUUAACAUUUAUAAUGUAGUGGUUUUAUUAAUCUUCAGUUACAACAGAGGCACCUAUUGCUAACUGAGCCCAGUUGUUUGGGGGGGGGUCAUAGCUAUAUACUAAAGUUCAUUCAUACUAAAGUUCACUCAUUAUUUGAGUGAAAUCAUGCACUAAUUAACAGUUAUUUGAAGCAAAGUUACAUUUUCAGUUGGGGUCACUAUUGUCAAAAUAUAACUUUGUUUCAUGAAAAAGAAUAAAGUCACCUUUAAAGCACAUCUAGUGGUGUUUUUUUUUUCUCCUUUUCUUUUUUCCCCCCAAUGAGAACCUUUAAUAUAUUCAAACUACAUAUCAUUUCAUUCACAUGUAGAUGUCAUUCUUCAGUCAUAGGCUACUGGGUAUAUGCUUCAGGAUAGUAGUCCAUGUUGAUACUUACUGUGGAGAAUUUUUAUUGAAACAGUUUUUUUACAUAUACAAAUGGCCUUGUCUGAGGUCCUACACCAGUCAACAACAAGCAGAACACUAAGUCUGCUUUAUGCCUUGCUUACACCUUCUAUUGGAACAGUGGUUAACCUGUAGUACUGGUUAGUACUACAUUAACCCAAGGUACUUCACGGAUUGCUGCCUUGUCGUGGCGAAGGGGCUUGAG